AUGCUCAAGCUAGCACCUGUCGGAGAGGGGGGGGUCAUUCCAGCGCUGGUUUUGGACGAGCCUCUCAGUUACAGAAGCGUCUGUGCUGGCCCCCACCCCCCUCUCUCUGGCCCCGCCCCCCUCUCUGGUCCCGCCCCCUCUCUGGUCCCGCCCCCCUCUCUGACCCCGCCCCCUCUUUCUGGUCCUGCCCUCCUCUCUCUGGCCCCACCCCCUUCUCUGGCCCCAGCCUCUUCUAUCUGGUCCUGCCCUCCUCUCUAUGGCCCCGCCCCCCUCUCUGACCCCGCCCCCUCUUUCUGGUCCUGCCCUCCUCUCUCUGGCCCCACCCCCUUCUCUGGCCCCAGCCUCCUCUAUCUGGUCCUGGCCCUCCUCUCUCUGGCCCCACCCUCCUCUCUCUGGCCCCCCACCCUCUCAUCUGGCCCCACCCUCCUCUCUCUGGACCUGCCCUCCUCCUCUCUGGCCCCGCCCCCCCCCUUUCUAGCCCCGCCCCCUCUCUGGUUCCUCACUUUGCACGCCUGUUAUGGCAGCUCUGACAUGAUUGAUGGAGCAGUCACACUCAGGGUUAAUUUCCACGUCUGCUGA